AAAACAAAAAAAAGGGAAAAGAUGGGGGCAAAAGAAAAAAAAAAAAAAAAAAUGUUUGCCACCCGCCAAAAGAUGUUGAAAGGGACAGUUGAAAGUCGUCUGCAAAAGUCAUGACACGCUCUUGCUCUACAAUUUCUUCAUGUGUAUUAUUAUUAUUAAUUAAUCGUUCAUCUUCAUCAUCAUUAUUUAUCAUUGGCUCAACCUUCCAACUCCAGGGACGAUUUCAGUUUUUGAAAAAUACUUCUAGUGCUUGAAGCUUAUGUGGGCAUUUUGAAGGAAACAAGUGAAUUUUAAUUUGUGGGUCGCUGGGAAAAAAAAUAGAAAAUGGGUGGUGGGAUUCGGAUGAAGGCAAGGGGUUCUACUGUAGACCUUUUUCGUGAAAGUCCUCCUCAUUCCAAUGGUCAUUCUAGUCCUGAGUAUGGUGGAUUGCCCUUUGAAGCAGGAUGCCGUAUAUGUCCAUCUCUAGUGGCUGAUGGCACGAUCAAUCAGUUAUGUCCACCCUUUUCUUUUCCAUGGGUGGAUACGGUUUCAGAUGGGUUGGUUCCUAUUGAUACCAAUGAUGGGAUUCCUUGCUUGCCUAAGCAGUCUGCUGUGUCAAAGGUCUCAGAAGUGAGGUCAUUUUUUGGCAGAGCUAGAUCUGCUGGGUUUGAAAAGGCUGUGGAAGUUCUGGACACUCUAGGUAGUAGCAUGUCUAAUUUGAGCCUCAGUAGUGGGGAGACAGGGAAAAAGACUAAAAUCUCAAUUUUGGCUUUUGAAGUUGCAAAAGCAAUUAUUAAAGGUGCCAAACUAAUGAAUUCGCUUUCAAAGGAUAAUGUCAAACAUUUAAAGGAGGUUGUGCUACAAUCUGAAGGAGUGAAAUCGUUAGUAUCUACUGAUAUGGAUGAACUUCUGAAAAUUGUUGCAGCUGACAAGAGAGAAGAAUUGGACAGUUUUUCUAGAGAAGUUGUGCGUUUUGGAAAUCUUUGUAAAGCUUCUGAGUGGCACAACUUGGACCGCUAUUUUGAGAAAUUACGCACAAAACUUCCACCAUGGAAACACUCGAAGGAAGAAUCCGAGUUAGCGAUGCAGCAACUUAUGGAAUGGGUUCAGUAUACAGCUGAAUUAUUUAAUCAGUUGCAAGAGUUGGAGAUGUUUGAACAUAAUUAUUUGCAAAAGCUUCAAGAAGAAGAUGGUUCAAAUGCUGCUCAAAAAGGAGAAAUUGCAUACCUGAGAGGAGCAUUAAAGAAUCAAAGGAAGCAUGUAAGCAGUUUAAAGAAAAAAUCACUCUGGUCGAAGAUCUUUGAAGAGGUGAUCCCGAAACUUGUAGACAUUGUGCAUUUCCUGCACUUGGAGAUUCAUGAAGCAUUUGGCAAUUCUGAUGGUGAUAAAUCAGUAGAAGUUUAUCAGAGCAACUGUAAAAUGUUGGGACCUGCUGGUAUUGCAUUCAGUUAUGCAAGUAUUAUCACUAAAGUUGAUGCUCUUGUGCCUCGAUCUCGAUCAAGUCCUAUGCAUCCAAAUAUGAGACGUGAUCUAUACCACCUGCUGCCACAUGAUAUAAAAUCAGCCUUGCGUGUAAGCCUGCGGUCAUUUCAAGCUGAGGAAGAGUUUAUUCCUGCCAUCAAAGCUGAAAUGGAUAAAACAUUGCUGUGGCUUGUUCCUCUGGCCUGCAACACGAGAAAGUCUCUUCAUAGCUUUAAUUGGGUUGGAGAAUGGGCAAAUGAAAGGUUGAACAUGAACCAAAAAACUAGUGGGCGGCAUGAUGUGUUGAGGAUUGAGACACUGUAUCAUGCAGAUAAAGAGAAAACCAAAACUUGCAUUCUUGAACUGCUGGUAUGGCUUCAUCAUCUUAUCAGCCAGGUCAAGUUUGGUAAUGAUGGAAUAUGGUCUACCGUUAAAUCCUCAACAUGCUCCCCAAACCAUGAGAAAAGCCAAUCAUCUACUCACAGGCCCAAUUAUUUGUCCCCCAUGUUGACAGACAAAGACGAAGAGAUGCUUCAGGAUGUCAAAAAUAAGAAGUUUAUACCAGGAAUAAGUAAGAGCCAAAAGUUUGAUGCCUCAAAGACCAGGUUAAGCAAGUAUGAUAGGUUGAGUAAGAGUAGUAGAGAUUCACCAACAAGUGAAACAAUGAAGGAUCCUUUAAACAUCGGGUGGCAGUCGUGUGCUCCUGUUGUUGACUUUGAUAUUGACAGAAUCAGAGCUCUGGAUGUUAUUGACGGACUGGACACAUUUUGAAAAGUUUUAAAUGCAAGAUAGUCAUCUAGUAUGGCCGUGCUACAGCCUUUGCUUGCUUUGGCAACAGGGGGCUGAAAUCAUGCCACUUUGCUGUGUGGUAGAGAUUAUGAAUGGAUUCAGCACGACUCUGGCACCGACAUGAGUCUUUCUGAAUAACAAAGUUCUUUCUAUCACAUGGCACAAAUUUAGAAUAUAUGUUGCCAGGGAGGGAGUGUGUUGACUCGCUAUAUUGUCUUAUGAAAGGUAGUCAUAGAGUUAAAGAGGGGCAUCCAAUUGUAAAGAGAAACUGGUGUUAUGGUGAUACAUAUUGCUAAAAGGUGCGUAAUACUCGAAUAAGAAUAAGGUAAUUGUUCUACUUCAUUUAUCAGCUUGUGUGUAUAUCAUGUAUAGGUUUUGGGUGUUUUUGUUGGAUUCUGCUGCCUAGUCCUCAAUGGAAUGACACAGCUGGACUGAAGCAUUUGCUUGUGGAAACUGCAAUCUAUGAAAAAAUAGCCAGUAUACAAACAGGUAAUAAUGGUGGCGGAGCCAACUUAUGACCUGGGGGGCCAUGGCCGCUGGCUUUUUGAAUUUACCUGUUAGAUUUUAAAAGAUUAAUAAGUAAAAAUAACUAAUUUUGAUUAUUUAAAUAGAUAUUGGCUCCCCUAAGUUAACUUAUCUACAGAUAUUUGUAUUUGUUGUAAAAUUAUAAUUUAAAUUUGAGAUUUUAUUAGUUCAAUUAUUUAAAUAUAUAUACUAAUUCAUAUUUGUUGUUAAA